AUACUGAGUUCCCAGCUUGCCAGCGAAUUAUGUCUGCACAUGACGUCUGCUGCGUUGUGAAUGUAAUAUUAUACAAGGUCGAUUGAUGAGCCAACUUUUUUGGAUAAACGUAGAGCGGCUUUACGAUGUACAGGAUGGGCAACAGCGCUUAUCAUGAGUUGGGGAUUACAAUUCAUGUUCUAAAUCCCAGGGUGAGGGCUGAUAGCCAAGAAGUUUACCGAAACAGGCCGCAAGUCUUCGUAGUUCAUAUCAUCAUAUGGUCUGAGCAGGUAUGAGGCCAGGACGCAAAUGAAUCCCGUUCAAACUUCUAGAGUAGCGAGAUUAUCUGAUCGCCUUAACCAAUACUAUCUCAGCUAUAAAUAGAGCCUCCGUCAAUGUUAAUUAAUUUGUUCUUUUCUUUCAGGACUACGGAUACGGGGCUAUAAGGUCAGUCACUAUGUCAUACCAGAGUAUCACCAUGCCAGACAUGAGUUUCGGCUGGGGGCCAAUAAGGAUUGCAAUAGUCAACACCAUUUAGCUAGAAUACAGGUUUACCUCGUAUCAGUAGCUCAGAUUCAUCUUUAGAAAGGUCUCAGGGAGCAAGAAAACAUAAGACUUAAGAAGAAUAUAUCAAAAUAAACUCAGCAAAGACCCCCUAAACUUAGACUAAAUUGCCUUUUUCAUCAGUUAGGAUAAAGGUCUCAAGUUUUCUUGCCUCCUCCUGAAAGGGUACGGUGUUCAGCUUGGCGUGAAGACAGAGGUGUACGAAUCGAACACUCUGAGAAAGGCUGCUCAUUCUUCCCAACAAAAAGCGAAGACACGAUAAUAUAACAUCUGAGCAAAACCAUUUCUUAUCUACAUUCGGCUGUGCUGUAGCAUACAGUUAAGCCAUAUUUUCUCAUUCUUUGGUUUUUCUCCCCUUCUUUCUCAAUAUGAAGAUGGCCAGGUGACAGAAGGAUACUUUUGAUGAUGGAGAGAAUCUGUCUCUACUCCUUCGAUCUUAGCCCGCGGUGGGACUUGGUACCUGGGUAAGUUUUCGACUUCCACAAUGGUCGAUGAGUGACGAGCAGCUCGUCCGAUGUAAAAGAACUGUCCCAUGGAGGUCAGCCACAUCCUUCGUCUUGGAAACCGGACUUUCGUAGCUCGUACCUAUGUAUUAGCCACAAAAACCUUCUGAUAGGUAGCUCAUCAAUCACAUGUUCGCUCAUCGAUGCACCUUUGCAACGCGGCACUGGCUAGAGGGGAUGGGUAUGUAAGAAUCACUGCAACUCUACGUUCCAGUGGAGUGCUAAUCAAGAGAGGAAGCGCUGUGAUAUGAACAACAUGAUGCAGGUGAUAGUGACGUUCUGAGCAUUGUCACGUUAGUGGUGGUCUACAGUAUCCUAGCUUCUUGUAUUGUUGUUAUUCCUGGAUGUAAUUGGACAGAAUUCACUGGUGAAUGAUUCAAUAGGCCAGUGACAAUAGGUUCCGCCAAAGAUCUUACACACUUCUGAUAAUAGUGCAUGGGAAUUACGUUGUAUGGUAUCCCUCGUUCAGUGUCAUGCUAAGGUUGAUCUCCUUGACCCGGAUGUCAAGAUCAGGGUUGAUCCUUUUUCGUAGAAAAUAUCACUAUUACUACCAGGGCAUGAGCUGCUUCGCCACAAGAUGGUUUCUUGGGAUUUGUCACGGCGAAGUGUAUGCCGACGUGGCCUACGUCAUAGCUUUCCAUGGCGUUACAAUCAAGAAUACCCAAGGUAGAUAUGCGUGACAGGUUAGUAGCGAAGGCCUCACGUUACUUGGAAUUAUUCACGUGGCGCACAUUUUCAGACGGCUUCCGUGACGACCUUGCUUGUCUAUUUUCUCCCUCCGUCAGCUACAUAUCCUCUCAGCUAACAGAACGCGAACUCGCGACUUUUUGAGUCACCGACAAAACUACCUCCAAACCUUUUCUCAACCUUGCAUCAUCGAGUCGCGACUAUGGGUGCUAUUUCUGCCGUCUUCCUGAUCCUUAUUACAAUUUUCUUCCCUCCCAUCGGCGUCUGGGCCGUUGCAGGAUGUGGAAUGGAUCUGUUCAUCAACAUCUGCCUGACCAUUCUUGGCUUCCUUCCAGGUCAUAUCCACGCCUUCUACCUUGAGUACAUUUACUACGAUCGACGAGAACAGGCGCGCGAGGGCCGUUUUGCGACAGGACCUGCGCCUGGCAUUUACUCCGACAACGUGCAGACUGGAGGACAGGGCUAUGGAACAAUGGGGCGCGCAGCAUAAAACGAAUAGACGUUGGUGGCAAUCGACUCUAUUUUUGGGCUGUAUAUUCGAACUCAGGCGAAGCUGUUUGCAUCAACUAUGUGUUGCAUAUUCGCCGGCAUCGGCUUGGAUAAAGGCGUGCAAGGAGCCAAUGCCCAACCUUUGGAUUACAGAGGCCAACUACCUAGGUACCCUAAAGUAGUCUGGUGUGAGAACGGCGACGCAGGAUCAACAUGAUAUUGUUACACUAGUGUCAAAUGACAUGUAGUACACGCUAGAGAGUGUUGAAUUCAAGUUAGAUUUCGAUAUUAGUUCAUGCUGGUGAGGGAAGGGGUUGAAAAUCCAAUUAGAAAGAAAGGACAACACAACGUCUUCAUGUAUCCGUGUUGUUGAAUAUCCCUGCAUGUAAAAUCAAAUAACUUUAGAAACGUACUGGGAACUAGAUGCAUAAGCUUUGCUGCGUAAUGGCUUGGAGGUGUGAGUUGUCCGCCUUGGCUAUCCCGGCAUGUGCAUUGAUAUGUGCCUAUGCCCACAGCAAAACUACGAAUGUAUCCCAAUACAUAUGUCGUGCUAAUGUAUUUGGUAGUUGACAGGAAUGAUGUCAAAUAUACCACACACCAACCAACAAUUUAAUGGGAA